AAAUUCAGUAGGCAGGACUGUCCGCCUGUGUGGAGCGCGGAGCGCUCUUACCUCUGGUGUACGCGGUCCGCAGGGCUGUUUGACAGGCGGUCUGAACGCUGACAGAAUAGACAGGUCGCUUCGCCGCGACACGUUGCCUGCAUCAUACCUACUUUGACCUAAAUAUAUUGCCGUGGUGUGUCAUGGUCUCCUGGCUGCCGUGAUCAUCAUAAUUCGGAUUCAAGGACCAUAUUCCGCCUUCUCUUCUUGCUAAAAUGCGAGUGGCAGCAUACACUCAUGAAUUGCGUUUUGAACGGGACCGAUGUUGGUUUUACCGCGAUUGAGAAUAUUAAGUCACAGAGGACAGACACACGUACGUUAUGCUGAAUCCGUGAAUUAGUUAUCUCAAUGUAUUCUCAACAUUUAGACUACAGUUGGAUAUUUUGCCAUGAGUUUCUGACCAAUUUUCACGGACCAAGAUGCAUAAGAGCUGUUUUCAGUUACCAGCGCAUAGGUUCAGUCAAAGAUCUCCGACUAUACCAUAACGGAUAUUUUUCUCAGAUUUGGAAUUAUUUUUCAUAACUCUUCUUUCUUCAAGUGCUGCCUCUGGACAGUUUGUGAGUUGUGAGUACAGCUAAUGUGAAACAUUUUCCUUCCCCAAGUGGCAAGUCACAACCUCCUUCACAGACUGCGACAGUGAAUGGACAGGGGGUAUCAGGGCGAAGACUGAAUCAAGCCUUCUUGCAUCUGCACAGCAGGGGAAGUGUCUCGUUUGAGUGGUGGGAAGCAUCGGAGCUGCUGCCGUGGUCAUUGGUCUCAUCCACUCACCUGUCCUGUAAUGGCCCCCCCGGCAGCGCUCUGUCCUCUUGAUGCCCUCUCAGUGGGAACGUAGAGAGACACACACACACAGGAGCCACUCUCCGACACCAUAGACGGCACACCUUCAUGGGGACAAAACUCAUCCAGAGAUCCUAUACACACAUACACACACACACACCUUUUUAACCUGAGAAAUAAUAAAUGUUUCCACCCGGAUUUGAAUUUCCUAUUGUGACUCACUGUCCUGUGUGAUAGGACCUUUAGUUUUCAGGGUCCUGCUCCGCUACUUUAUGUUUUUGUGUCCUUGGGGCGUUUUAACGGAGUGGCAGGGGGAGCCAGCAUGGCCAGACCUCUGCUAAAGAUCCAGCGCUACUUCCGGAGGAAACCAGUGCGCUUCUUCUCCUUCAUCCUCCUCUAUCUGACAGCUGGGAGCCUCGUGUUCCUGCACUCGGGUUUCGUAGGGGACAGUUCAGCAGGAGCUAAUAGGGGACGGGACCCCCUGCUGGCGUCUCAGUUGGGGAAAAGGGUGGCAGAGGGGGCACAGAUGAAUGGGAGGGUGUUCAAAGAGACGCGCAGACCCACCCUGCGUAGGUAUGGCCCUCCCUGGAUGAAAAGAGCUGCUGGGAAGGACAGCCAUGACUGGGAAGGCCGAGGAGGAGACUACACAAGCAGCUGGAACCGAGCACUCAAAGGACGCAACGCCAAAGAUCUGGAUGAUGGACGAGCAAAGUACAUUGGCUGCUAUAUUGACAACACAGCUAAAAGAGCACUCAGGGGAGUGUCCUUUUUUGACUACAAGAAAAUGACGGUCUUCCGUUGCCAGGACAACUGUGCUGAAAGGGGCUACCUCUAUUCAGGCCUAGAGUUUGGGGCAGAGUGCUACUGUGGCCACAAGAUCCAGGCCCCCAACGCCUCUGACAGUGAAUGCAACAUGGAGUGUAAGGGCGACAAGGGAAACCUGUGUGGUGGUGCCAAUCGCCUGUCCAUCUAUCGACUGGAGCUCAGCCAGGAGUCACUGCGCCGUUAUGGUAGUGCCAUUUUUAAGGGGUGCUUCCACAGGCCUGACAAUGUCACCCUGGCCCUGCCCAUCAGCGCUGUCAUCCAGAACAUGUCAGUGGAGAAAUGUGUGGACAUGUGCACAGAGAAGGAGCUACCCCUAGCAAUCCUAGCUGGAGACAUGUGUCUCUGUGGUUACCCCACCCGUCACUUCACCCUCCAUGAGAUGGAAGAGGAGGACAUGUGCUUGCACCGCUGCCAUGGCGAGGAGUUUGAAAGUUGUGGAAAUGACGAGUACUUUGUGGUGUACCAGACACAGGUCCAAGAUAAUCGCUGCAUGGACAGACGCUUCCUCCCCACACGUUCCAAGCAGCUGAUAGCUCUGGCCAGCUUCCCUGGGGCUGGCAACACCUGGGCCCGCCACCUCAUAGAGCUUGCCACAGGCUUCUACACAGGCAGCUACUAUUUUGAUGGUUCCCUCUACAACAAGGGCUUCAAAGGGGAGCGAGAUCAUUGGCGUAGUGGUAGAACAAUCUGCAUUAAAACACAUGAGAGUGGCAAGAAAGAGAUUGAAGCCUUUGAUGCCAGCAUCGUCAUGAUCCGCAACCCUUAUAAGGCUCUGAUGGCUGAGUUCAACCGCAAGUAUGGUGGCCAUAUUGGAUUUGCUUCACAGGCCCACUGGAGAGGGAAAGAAUGGCCUGAGUUUGUUAAGAAUUAUGCUCCUUGGUGGGCAUCUCACACACUGGACUGGCUGCAAUAUGGGAGGAAUGUCCAUGUGGUCCACUUUGAGGAGCUUAAGAGGGAGUUGUUCUCUAAGCUCAAGGGUAUGGUCCUGUUUCUGGGCCUGGAGGUAGCUGAGGACCGCCUACUCUGCGUAGAGGGACAGAAGGAUGGUAACUUCAAGCGCUCCGGCCUACGUAAACUGGAUUAUGACCCAUACACACCGGAGAUGCGGGCAAGCAUUGAUGAGCUAGUCAUGACUGUAGACUCUGCCCUAAAGAAGAGGAACAUGGCUGGGGUGCCAAAGGAGUACCGACCAACUCUGAGAUGAUACAUCCUCUUUCUUGCUACCCUUCUCUUCUUGCUAUCUUGCUCUUUCUCUUUCCUUAUCUAUAGCCUGUUUCUCCAGCUCUCUGCACAUGCAACUGUUUCUGUAAUACAGUGGCAUCCACUUGAUACAAGGCUAAGGGGUUAGAUGUGUCUCAGUAUUCGUAAAUAUAUCUAGAAAAUCUGUGCGUAUAUUCAUCACUACUCACAAAUAAAAAUAGGAUUUGUAAAUGUGAAGAGAAUUUUUUCACUUUUUUCUUCGAUCGACAAGUUCUCGUGUGCGUAGUUUCAGUCAGAGGGCUCGCUUGGUGGGGCUUAUGGAAUAUCCGGGCUGGAGCCUGAUAGAUUGGAGUCUAUAGGUAGCUGAGACACCUUUUUCCUGAAAUGUGAGUAUAACGUUUAUUUGUAUAACAAUAUUUGACUGCGUGUUUUCGACUUCAGGCGACUAACUAAAGUACGGUUAGUUAUGUCAGCCUACAUCUGGUUGGCUAGCUAUCCAGCUAGUAGGCUACGUAUUUAGAGAUGAUGUUUUUAUUUACAAAAUAUUUUUUCAAAUUUACAAAUCCUAUUUUUAUUUGUGAAUUGUGAUGAAUAUACGCAUGGAUUUCAUAGAUUUAUUUAUGAAUAUUGAGACACAUCUAACUCCAUACAAGGUAUUCAAAUAUUAGUUACAAAAAAUAUUUAGCCCAAAAAAUCUACAUUAACUAAAAACUUUUAUUCUAUUGCUCUUUACCUCUUCUUACCUUUCUUUAUUUGUUUGACUUACAGACAUGAAAUCUUUUAAAACACACAUCAUACUGUUCACAGCAUAAUAGGUUAAUAUGCAUUCAAAUACGGACCAAUCAAAAGCACUUCCCCCUCUAUGCACAUACUGUAUGUGAACUAUGCCUUAAUUUACAUGAAGGUAUAGUAGCUGUGCAUUAGGGUUGGAUUAUUGUCAGACAACCACAAAACUCUAAUUCCUUUUAAUCUGAAUGGGAUGAAGAAGCACUGUUAAAGUCUAUUAAAAUGAUUACGUCAUGAAAGAGUAUCUGCUGCUAUUACUAUCAGAUUAAGAGAAAGAAAUGCUCUAAUGAACUGUUUUGAAAUGUCACAAAACCUUCAUGAUUAGUUUUUUCAAAUAUAUUUUUUUGAUUUACAAUAUGUAUACCUCCACUUGCUGAAUACUGUAUGUUUUAGAGCUACUGGACUUAACAUGGAUGUGCUCAAAUCAUUACUAUCCAUAUAAAAGUGGUAAUGAAUGGGACUGAACGCCGUCUGUCCCCCAUCCUGCGUACCCACCAUGAGGACAGAUCUUCACUCUUCUUUUCAUGAUCGACUCAUCGGUUGCUUGUUCCCCCAUCUCCUAGGCAGUUACCCGGUCAUGCAUAACACACUUAUUGUGCAUUUAUUGAGCAUAGUUUUCUUUUGUAAACUACACCAUUUUGAAUCUUCUAAAUGCCUCUGUAGUCCGAAUUGCUUUAUAAGGUGGUUUCCAACAACAUGAUACUGUUGUGCCUCCCUGUCAGCUGACUGUUGGAUUUAAUAUGAAAUGUAAGGAAAAUAAAAUGUAGGAGUAAUAUCAUAUAUUAUUGGUAAUAUGAAUGAUAUUUGAUAUUAAACUUGCAACUCAAUGCAUCCCCUGAAGCAUUAGUGUUUUAACUGCAUUUCAUGCAACUACUGUGUCAGUGCAAUGCAUUGAUGGUACAGAUUAUCAUUUGGCUUAUAGAUACGAACGGGAGAACAUUGUCUUUUAGUAUUACUGAUAUGCCACCUCAUUAUGUGGCCAAGACAUCUAAGAUGGCUGAGUUCUCAAACAUACCCACAUAGUGUAAUUGAACGUUUCAUAUGACGAGUUGUUACAUUUGUAACAGGAGAGACACAGGGAAGAGACACAGAGGGUGUUCAGCGCUCUGGAGGGCAUUAUAUUUAUUAAACAAGAAGGGUGAUGCGAGGGAGAAAUUAAACCCAGAAGACAAACCCCUUUUAUGGGGAGGACGCUUUGACUCAGGUGCAGCCUCCCGGUGGUGGUUUGGGAGGAAUGGGUGCUGGCAGUCGUAACAUGGGCUGCCCCCGACACCCUCCUCCACCUCACCUGGUUCCACAUUUUCUUUCUCUUUGCUUAUGGCCUCAGCCACAAAAUACUCCCUGGGAGAUCUUAAACACCUCCCCAGAUCCAAGUAGGUCCAAAUAGGAGGCAGCUGUGUAGGGGCGAGGCUGGCCAUGCUGGCUGCUCCCGGAAGAUCCCGGAAGCUACUAGCAUGCUCUGUUUCGGGCGUUGGUGUGAUGCUAAUUAACAGGGUGUGGGUGCAUUUGUGCCACACAUUUAAAGUGUAUGGAGAGCGCAGUAUAAUGUGUCAAUGAGUAUGAUUGACUUAAUAAAGGUACAUGAUACAGUGCAACUUCCAUACCUUACAGCAAAAACACAGUAAUGUGUCUUCUGCUAAUUUCUACCUCUCACCUCCAGACAGUUCACAUUAUACAUGCAGUUGAGAAGAGCACAGGGUCAAGUUGCUGUGCAGUGCCUGAAUGAAGAGUAGGUUCUGGGGUAAAGGGCCUUAAGGGCACAACAGUAGAGGAAUGUCUUGUUGAUGUGAGAACCAACCACCUAUGGCCACUGAUCCAGAUACAUUGUCUCUGGGUUACUGGACUUAACCGCUGCAGUUAUUUAAAUAUUUGUGUUUCACGAUUUAAGUUGAAUAUGACGGUAAGCAAAAUAAGAAAACCCUCUAAGCUGCUUGUGUACAUAGCCAUCUAAUUCCUCCCGAGCUGUUAAAGCAGAAAUGUCUGCCGGCACAGAUGCGCAAGAUUCAACCUGACUGAGUUUACCCUAUUAGAUUGCACUAAAUAUAAUAGAUAAUUAUUUUGUAAUAUUGUAAUUGAAUCAACAAAUUAUACAUCCCUUUUAAAUGCAACAAACCAAAAAUAAUGUAACUGCAAGACUGAGAUUAUUUGUGUAGGCAGAGACCACACUUAGAGUUGUAUUUACUGUGGUCCAGUAGCGGUUGUUCUAACCAGUGAGUGAAUGCGCUCUCCUAACCAAGUGUGUAAAGGACAUUUGUUAAUAGUCUUUGCUUGUUAGCAAGUUAUUAGACCAGGAAUUGGUUGAAUAUUGGUUAGCAAUGGCGAACUAACUGCUUCCUAUAACAGCACAAAAUGUAUAGCCUAGGCCAGGGCAGGGCAAACGUUUUGGCUCAGUGGCCACAUCAGGUUUUUGAAAUUAACUGGAGGGGCACAUUUGUGUUGCAAUUUGUUAAUCAUAAAUGAUUUGCAAGCCAGAAAAGGGCAAUAAUUAAAACAUUUAUACAGUAGGUCCGUUAUAAUGUCUAAAUACUUUAAAUUCAGAUUCAGAUGUACAAGAAUGGGCUGCUGAGUUAUGUUUUACUUCCCCUCAAAACUAGUUAAGACGGAAUUGCCUUGCGGGCCGGAUGGAAUUGGCCUUAGUUUGCCCAUCCCUGGCUAGGCCUACAUUUGAACCUGUUUUUUAAACGUCAGGUAAAGAGCAUAAAACCUGUAUUGUGUCAUUCUCUGUAUUUUUAUUCUCUGUGGUAAAAAUAACUAAUUUUGUAUAGUGGUUUCUUGCAUCGUGCAACUCAAUACAAUGCAAUUUAUAUUUACAUAUAUGGCCCAUGGUGUUACAGAUCAAGCCCUAGCUUUUUAAAGUCUCUGCCUGCAAUGAACACCACAUAUACUGAAGUCAAUAUCAUAGAAUUCAAAGCAACUUCUAUGUAAAUGUUUAAUGGGAUUUGCUUUCUCAUUUUUUUUAUUUUUUUUUGCUGGGCACUAAGCUGCCUAUAUUAUGCUUAAAUAUCCAAUAGCCAAUCGAAAACAGUUUAAAACUGUUAUAUCACAAAGCUGGUUCAGCCUCAGUGUUCACUGUAAUAACGCAUGUGACAGUUGCACAGAAUUUUCACAACUUUCACAUUUAUGCUUUAGAUCACCAGAAUGUGUUCACUGUCCCAAAUAAAUUGAGAGAACAUUGACUGUAAGGCACAUAACUGAAGGUUUACCAUCCAGGUGUCGGGUGGUAAGUUACGAUGAAAUACUGUGAAUCACAUUAGAUUACUUUUUACUCAGUUCACCUUUUUUCCUUGAUAUACAACCCCUGAAUAAUCUGUGAGGUGUUCUAGUUAGAUUUUGUACACCCACAACGUAUUCUAGACUGAAGUGCAUGUCUAUUUGAAACAUGACUGCAAUGAAAGAAAAAAUAUACUAUUAUAUAAACACUUCUAUUUUUAUAGUAUAUGCAACAUAAAAUAAAACCAUAUUUGUAAUUCAACACGUUUAAUGGGAGAGAUCAAUUCUAUUUUUGACACAGGCUUUCACUUUGAGUGUCGCAUGGUUGUAUUGACAGGCUGGCACUAUCUGAAAAGGGGCAUCACAUUUGAAUGUAUUUUGUAUUGAAUGAAUGUAAUGUGAUUAUACCCAAUACAUAAGAAAGUAAUGGACAGAGAUUUCAAAUAAACAUGCCAUCUGAAAGAAUGGUUUUGUCACCGUAAAAGUACAACACAACCAGGAAACAUUAACAUUUCUUAUUGGUGGUUUAGUGAAGAACACAUGAUUUUGUGUUACAUUAAUGUAGUUAUUCCUCUAAUAAAUGUUUCUUAAUACUCUGA